GUCAAGGUUCAAUUAGAUUUUAUGAAGCUGUACUAAAUCUAAUUGAAUUAACGGUUCAGCCGUAAGACCUUUUCGGUGAAAUAAUAAUAGUGAAAAUAAAUAAAUAAUUGAUGAGAUGAAGAUAAUCUAUUUCUGUGCUAUUCUAGUUUAUAUUACAAGUAAUGUGGAAUCCAACAAGUUUGAGGCCACAUUGGGACACAUUAAACCAAAAGCUAGUGCAGCAGUCCAAACACAAGCAGUUAAGGAUUUAAUUUUAAGGUUACUUGAUACUAAAGCUAGCAAAUUUUCUGUAAAUGUGGAUCCAACAUUUAUACAAAAUAACAAAGACACGUUUGAGGUGUCGAAAGAAAAGGGAGUAAUUAACAUCGUCGGAACUAGUGGAGUCGCAGCCGCGACAGGAUUCCACCAUUACUUAAAGUAUUUUUGUAACGCUCAUAUUUCCUGGGAGGCCUCACAGCUGAAUCUACCGGAAGACUUACCCGACGUUAAUGUUACCAUUACGUUGAACGACAGGUUUAGAUAUUACCAAAAUACAUGUACCACUAGCUACAGUUUCGUGUGGUGGAAUUGGCAGGAAUGGGAAAAACAUAUAGAUUGGAUGGCACUGAAUUCUUUUAAUCUAGUUUUAGCCUUUAAUGGGCAAGAGGCUAUUUGGGAACGAGUAUACAAAAAAUUAAAUUUCACAAAACAGGACAUUGAUGAACACUUUACAGGACCAGCCUUUUUAUCUUGGUUACGUAUGGGAAAUAUGAGAGGAUGGGGUGGACCACUGUCUGCAUCAUGGCACGAGAGGUCAAUAUUGUUGCAGAAAAAAAUCUUGGAACGAAUGAGAAGUUUGGGAAUCAUUCCAGUAUUGCCAGCUUUUGCUGGACAUUUACCAAGAGCCGUUACAAGAAUUUACCCCAAUGUGAAUGUCACUAAAAUGGAGACAUGGAACAGUUUCAAUGACUCCUACUGCUGUCCAUAUUUCCUCGAUCCUACUGAAGAACUUUUCAAAGUAAUAGGAAAGCUUUUUAUAGAGGAGCAAACAAAAGAAUUUGGUACGGACCACAUCUAUAACUGUGAUAGUUUCAACGAAAAUGAUCCUACAACAACUAAUACAACGUACAUAGGAAAUGUCGGGAAAAGUAUUUAUGCAGCUAUGACUGCAGCAGAUCCUGAUGCUAUUUGGGUUAUGCAAGGGUGGCUAUUUUACAACAACGAGUAUUGGCAUAAUUUGGAUCGAGCCAAAGCUUUGAUUACCAGUGUACCAACGGGCAAAAUGAUUAUAUUAGAUCUUCAAUCAGAGGAAUUUCCUCAGUAUGACGCGUUAGAUCAAUAUUUCGGCCAACCUUAUAUUUGGUGUAUGCUGCACGAUUUUGGUGGAACUUUGGGCAUGUUUGGAUCAGCUAACAUUAUAAACAUGAGAGUUAUCCAAGCAAGACACAGCAUUAACAGCACGAUGAUAGGAACUGGGCUUACCCCGGAAGGUAUUAACCAAAAUUAUGUUAUAUAUGACUUAAUGACUGAACAAGCAUGGAGAAAAGAAUCAGCAAAUUUAACAACCUGGUUCGAAAAUUAUGCACUAAGGAGGUAUGGAAAAUCCAACGCAAAGAUCAAUGAAGCAUGGCAGUUAUUAAAGAACACAGUUUAUGAUUUUUCUGGAUUACACAAACUAAGAGGAAAAUAUGCCAUUACAUGGACACCAACAUUAAAAUUGGACGUCUGGACGUGGUACAAUUAUAGUGAGGUAUUUGACGCUUGGGACAUUUUUGUACGAAAUGCUGAUGAUCUUAAAAACAGCCCAGGUUUUCUUCACGACUUAGUCGACUUAACAAGACAAGUAUUACAAAUUUACGGUGACAUUUACUAUCCCAAGAUUGUUACUGCAUUUAGGGACGACGAUUAUACGAAUUUUAGUCAACAUGCGACAGUUUUUAUGGAAAUAUUCGAUGAUCUGGAACUCAUAUUAUCUACAAACAAAGCAUUUUUGUUAGGACCUUGGAUUGAAGCAGCAAAAAGUUGUGGAAACAACUCACAGGAAAGUAAUCUUUUUGAAUAUAACGCUAGAAACCAAAUUACUUUAUGGGGACCAGAAGGAGAGAUUAUUAAUUACGCUAACAAGCAAUGGUCAGGGAUCGUCGCUAAUUAUUACAAGCCUCGUUGGGAAAUCUUUAUUAAUAGAAUGAAUUACAGUUUGCUUCACAAUACAUGGUUUUCAGAAACAGCUGCGAGGAGGGAAAUGUUUAGAAAAGCAGAAGAACCAUUUACUUUUGACCGUACAGUAUUUCCAGUUGAGCCAACAGGAAACACUAUUGAAGCUGCUAAGGCUAUUCAUAAAAGAUGGAAUGUGCGACGUGAAGUCCCUAAGGAAGAAGAAGAAGAAGAACAAUACUUUGGUCAGAGAUUACUACGGCCCAUUCUUUCCUUUGUAUAAAAUAUCAAUAUUUUAAUUAAUAAAUACGUAGUAAUAUC